CUUGAGUUGAUCAAAAGUGAAAUGCAAAAGCUAGGGUUCGAAGACGCGAGACACUACUACUACCCAAGCGGCACGGAGAAGCCGUACAGAGGACAGUCUUCGGCAACUAUCAAGAACACGGCGUCAACGAGCAGAUAUCACGAGAAAGAUCAACCAUACGUCGAGAUCUCGCUAGACAUACACGAAGACUACGUCUCCGUGUACGGCUUAAAGUCACCGGACCAUACAGGUGCCGGUGAGGAGCCAGGUAAAUCGCUUCUUAGACAAGAAGGUCCUUCAGGGAGGAGCAGCAACAACUCUGGUCUAAAACGUAUAGCGUCUUCUGUUUCAACCAAACUAAAACGAGUUGCUUCCUCCGUCUCUUCAUCAUCGGCGGCUAGAAAGCCGCCACGUCCGCCGUUGGCUAAUAAGUUUAGGCGUUCGAAGUCUAGAGCAGAGCAAGCACUCAAGGGUCUCAAGUUUAUUACCAAGACUGAUGGUGUCGCUGGUUGGCCUGGAGUUGAGAAACGGUUCCAUGAGAUUACAGAGAAGAGCAACGGGUUAUUGCACCGUUCAAGAUUCGGUGAAUGUAUAGGGAUUAAUUCAAGGGACUUUGCGUUGGCAUUGUUUGAUGCUUUGAGAAGGAGGGAAAAUGUAAGUGGAGAUUCUAUAAACAAGAAGCUGCUUCAGGAGUUUUGGAAGCAGAUCACUGAUCAGGAUUUUGAUUCCAGGCUACGAAUUUUCUUUGCCAUGGUGGAUAGAGAUGCAGAUGGGAAGUUAAAUGAAGAAGAAGUAAAAGAGAUUAUAACUCUAAGUGCUUCUGCAAACGAACUGGAGAAUAUUCGGAGACAAGCUGAUGAAUAUGCUGCUUUGAUUAUGGAAACACUAGAUCCUUAUCAUUAUGGAUACAUCAUGAUAGAGAAUCUUGAGGUGUUGCUGCUGCAAGCGCCUAUAGAGGAGAGAAGAGAUGGGGACACUAAGAAUCUGAGCAAGAUGCUAAGUCAGAAUCUGAGAAUAUCACAAAGUAGGAAUCUCGGGGAGCGUGUUUACAGAGGGGUCAAGUAUCUUGUGUUGGAUAAUUGGAAGAGAGUAUGGGUGUUGGCUCUAUGGAUAGGUGUUAUGGCCGGGCUGUUCACGUGGAAGUUCAUACAGUAUAAGAAGAGAUCCGCUUACCAAGUUAUGGGAGUUUGUGUCUGUACAGCUAAAGGAGCUGCAGAGACACUUAAACUAAACAUGGCUUUGGUUUUAUUACCGGUUUGUAGGAACACCAUCACUUGGCUCCGGACCAGAACCAUGUUAGGUUCUGUUGUUCCCUUUGAUGACAGUCUCAACUUUCACAAGGUUAUAGCAAUAGGAAUUUCAGUUGGAGUUGUAAUCCAUGCCACAUCUCACUUAGCCUGCGAUUUCCCCCGGCUGAUUGCUGCAAAUGAAGAGACGUAUAAGCCAAUGGAGAAGUAUUUUGGGGUACAGACAAAGAGAUAUAUGGACUUUGUGCAGUCUGUGGAAGGAGUUACAGGGAUUGCAAUGGUUAUACUAAUGACUAUAGCCUUCACAUUGGCUACACCAUGGUUCAGACGCAAUAAGCUCAAGCUUCCUGGACCACUGAAGAAGAUAACUGGCUUCAACGCCUUCUGGUACUCUCACCACUUGUUUGUUAUCGUCUACUCGCUGCUCAUUGUUCACGGAUACUAUGUUUACCUAAUCAAGGAAUGGUCCAAGAAAACGACAUGGAUGUAUUUGAUGGUGCCAGUGGUUCUUUACUUGUCUGAAAGGUUGGUUCGUGCGUUCAGGUCAGGCAUCGAGGCUGUUUCGAUACUAAAGGUUGCUGUGUUACCAGGGAAUGUCUUGUCACUUCAAAUGUCAAGACCAAGCAACUUCAGAUACAAAAGCGGACAAUACAUGUACCUCAACUGUUCUGAAGUUUCUUCAUUAGAAUGGCAUCCAUUCUCAAUUACCUCGGCUCCAGGAGAUGAGUACCUCAGUGUCCACAUCAGGGUUCUAGGAGACUGGACUAAGCAAUUAAGAAAAGUAUUCUCUGAGGUACUUUACUCAGUUUCUCCACUGAACAUAAACACAAGAGAUCCCUUUCCAAGAAUCCUAAUCGAUGGCCCGUAUGGAGCACCAGCACAAGACUACAAGAAUUUCGAAGUGGUUCUACUCGUGGGUCUAGGAAUCGGAGCAACUCCAAUGAUAAGCAUUGUCAAGGACAUUAUCAAUAACAUAAAAGGCAACGGAGAUGAAGAAGAAGGACGAAACAGUAACCAAAGACAGUCACCGAUUCGCAACAUGGUCACACCUCCGCAUUCCCCAGCGAGAAGAAGUGAGACGUUCAGAACCAAGAGAGCUUACUUCUACUGGGUCACUAGAGAGCAAGGAUCUUUUGACUGGUUCAAGAACGUGAUGGACGAAGUGGCGUUGACAGACCGCAAUAAGGUCAUUGAGCUGCAUAAUUACUGCACCAGCGUCUACGAGGAAGGAGACGCGAGGUCCGCACUGAUCACUAUGCUCCAGUCGCUGAACCACGCCAAGCACGGAGUGGACGUUGUGUCAGGGACACGUGUCAUGUCCCAUUUCGCUAAGCCAAACUGGAGAAGCGUUUACAAAAGGAUCGCUGUGAAGCAUCCCAAGACUAGAGUUGGUGAGUUUCUUAAAACCACAGUCAUCCACUAA